AUGAACGCAAAGUUGUCCGAAGUUGUCCGAAGCGAUGAUGCACUUCGAGCUAAGGAAAUCCCAUUGGAAGCGCAGAGGCUUACCGGUGCACCACUGGUAGAAUAUCUCAAGAGUAACCAGGAACUCUUCGAGGUUGAUCCAACGCCUGAUGAAAGAUACAAGCAUAUGGUUAUGGAUCUGAAAUACAGCAAACAACCGAAAAAAGCCAAGCUACGCGGUAACUUCGAGAACGACAACGGCGGUGACAUUCCAGUAUAG